AUGUCAGUCAUUGCGUUCCUCGCGCUUCUCGCCUCCGCCCGCCGCGCUUGCCCCCGCUUCCCCCCCCUGCUCUCACUGCUCCUCCCGCUCCUCGCGCUGCUCCUCACGGCGCCGCCCCGCCCUCUGUGCGCGGCGGAACGAGGGAAGCGCGUAGAAUCCGCUAGUGCGACGCGCCUCGUCCUCCUGCGCAACAACACGCGCGGCGCGAAAUGCCUCGACGGCAGGGUGCCUUGCAUAUUUCUCUCUACCUUUCCUCCCAUCCUUCCUCUUUCCCCUUUCCCUCUUUCCGCAAGCCCCCCCGCGUACUACUUCCGCGCGGGGAGGGGCGCGGGGAGGCGCAAGUGGCACGUGUAUCUCCCCACGGGCGGAUGGUGCUUCUCCCCGCGCGACUGCCUCGAUCGCGCUAACUCUAGCCUCGGCUCCUCGCGCUUCUGGGCCACACGCCUCCCCGCCAUCGUUGAAAACGGCGGAGCAGUGACGAAUGCUAAGGUCUCCUACCCUCAACUGGGCGGCUUGCUCUCCCGCAGCAAGAGAGCCAACCCGGUGUUCCACGGGUGGAACCUGGUGUGGGUGGUGUACUGUGAUGGUGGCGCCUACAGCAGCACGCGGGGGAGGGCGGACCUGGGGGAGGGCGCAUCUGUGAACAUGAAUGGGCGCGGGAUCCUGGACGCGCUUUUUUAUGACCUGCGCAUGAAGCGGGGCAUGGGGGCGGCGUCGCAUGUCCUCUUCUCAGGCAGCUCAGCGGGCGGCCAUGCCAUCAUCAUGCACUGCGACCGCCUCGCUGUUGCCUUUCCCCGCGCCAAAGCCACCUGCCUCGCUGACUCGGGCUUCUUUGUUGAUGCCAAGGACCGCUUUGGGCACUACUACUGGCGAGAAAAGAUUUUAGCGCUCACCGCUCUGCACCGCAUCAACGUCCCCAACUGCCCAGCAGGAGCACAUGUGAGGGACAACUGGGUCUGCUUCUUCCCCGGAAACACCCUCCCUCAGGUCACCACACCCCUCUUCCUCCUCCAGUUUCUCUUUGACCGCCGCUUAAUCCGCCAGGAGAAGCAGCUGCCGGCAACCGAUUUCCAGUAUUCCACAGACUGUUUGAGCAAGCAGAUUCUCCUGCCAAACGCCAGUGCCGUGGCUCGCAAGCAUGCGUGGGGGGGACUCAAUUGGAGCCCGUCUGUAUGCUUGCCUCAGGAGGUCGACGUGGUAUUCUCGAUGGCUGCUGUGUCGUAUAGGGCUUACAUUGGAGCGCCGAAACUGAACAGGAUAUUCAAUAGAUGGUUUGUUGGCAGAAAUAAAGGGUUGUUCCUGCAUGAAUAG